AUUUUAAUGAGUUUGAGUUAACAAUUAAAAGAAGAAGAAUAAGUAGAAGUGGCUAUCUAACCUAUCUAGCCAAUUUCUACUAUUCCUCUUCGUAGAAAAAAUAAAAAAAGACAAAUUCUCAAUCCAACUUAAAACACUGGACAUUGGAGCUAAUAAGAGCAUUAAACUUAUUUAGACUUUCUAUAAUAACAUAAAGAAAUUAUGGAAUCUUAAGAUUAAAAGAAAAGUAACAAAAUAUUCAAGUAAAUGAGUGAUAUAAUUGGAAGUCGCAGUCCUUCAUAAUGUAGGUAUAACAUAAUCAAUUUAUCAAAUUAGAUCACAUCAUCAAAAAUUCAAUCCAUUCAUUCAUUAAGUAAAGAAAAGAUAAAAAGGAGCAGGUAGAAAGAAAAAAGAUAAUCAAACAACCUAACCAAUCUAACAUUUCUAUCCUUUCUAUUCAUAACCUAUUAUAUCUCAACAUUAAUUAGACUUUCCAUUAUUUUAACCAACAUACCCUGAAGAAAUUCUUUAUCCAUAACCAAUUACAUCAGAUAGAAGUCUCCUUUAUAACAAUUUUGGUUUCCUACCAUCAUUUUCUAUCAAUUUCAAUUACUACAAUGAUUUGAUAGUAAACUAGUCAAUGUACUAAACUGAUAAAGAGAAUUAAUUUGAAGAUUAGUGA